AUGACCUCCUAUCCAGGAGAAAGACCAGACGCCCCUUGGAACCCCCCUGCCCAGAAUCCUGUACCCCAACCGACUCUUGCACCAAUCGUACCCGAUUACAUACCACCGAUGGCUACAGUUACCAUGGAUGAAGGACGUCACCAUGUUAGCCAGAAGGAACUUGGUUUUAGAAAACCCGAGAUCUUUAACGGUUCAGACCGUUCGAAGCUUAGGGAAUUUAUAAACCAAUGCAAGAACUACAUGGCCAGAAAUAGCCAUGUCUACCAGGAGGACAAUCAGAAGAUCACAUUCGUGCUAUCGCACAUGCAAGGAGGAACAGCAGGAUCAUGGGCACAGAGCUUCAUAGAAACGGAACUCACCAAUGACGACUUCCUUUCUUAUGGGAGUUGGAGAGACUUCAUUGCAAGUGUGAACAAAGCAUUUGGCGAUGAAAAUAUUGAAGAAACCGCUCGCACCUUGCUGCGUAACAUCAAGCAAGGAACUCGUACUGCGGACGACUACAUUGCCGAAUUCUGA